AGAUCUAGUAUUUUAGUAUCAUCUAGCAUAGAUCUAUAAAUCUAGAAGUCUAGAUCUAUUCUAUAGUCGUAGUCUAUAGAUUAGCUAGAUUCUAUCUAGAUCUAUAAUAAGUUUAGUUAAUUGUAAGUUCUUAAUUAAUGAUAUUAUAUUAUUAUAGAUCUAGAAGUAGAUCUAGUAGAAGUCUACUUUUUUUAUACUUAUAGAUCUAGAUCUAUAUUUAUAUUAAAUUAUCUUCUUUUUUGAAAUCCAUGGGUCGAAGAGGAAGCAUGCGUGGACGAUCUGGAAUUUUAUUUGUUUCUGUAUUCGCCAUUGGUCUUAUAAUAUUUUACUUAUCAUGGCGUUCUCUGAUUUCUCCUGAUGCAAAUCCAAAAUUAAGUAGGAUAAGUGAAAACCUUAGGUCUGAACCUCAGCUUGAAAUGGGAGCUCCUAAAGGUGGUCUGGAUUCUAAAGAAGUGGUGGAUGAAAAUGCUGAGCCUGAUGAAGUGUACCAUGAGUUGAAUGAAAAUCAAAAUACUUUUGAGAAAAACAAAAAAAAAUUGUUGAUAAAUCAAGACUCAAAAGAAAAAGAUAGUCCAGAUAGUUUUGACAAAAUCGUUGCCAAUGAAAAACAAAGGGAAAGACAAUCAAAUAAAAAGUAUUACAAGUCAUUUGAAAGUGUAGGAAAAACUGUUAAAUUAAUGUCAAGAUUAGUACAUCUUGACCUAAAAGGAGCUGCCCCAAAAAUGUCGUACCUUAAAAAAGUCUUGCCUCUGAUGUCGAAAUUAGGUGCAACUGGACUUUUAGUUGAGUAUGAAGAUAUGUUUCCUUAUUCAGGUUCUUUACAAAACAUAUCUGCUCUAAACUCAUAUACAAUAGAAGAAGUGAAAGAAUUUUUAACUUUGGCUAAGAAUAAUAGUCUAACAGUUAUACCCCUGAUUCAAACAUUUGGCCAUAUGGAAUUUAUUCUGAAAAAUGUCUUUAGUAAAUUAAGAGAAAGUGCUCACACUCCUCAAGUCAUAGACAUAACUACCAAUAAUUCCUACAUUCUGUUACAAGAGAUGAUCAGACAGGUACUGGAUGCUCAUCCUGAUGCCACCCACUUACACAUUGGCUGUGAUGAAGUGUAUGAAUUGGGUCUUGGUGCUAGUACUUUAAUGAAAGACUUUGACAGAGAUUCACUCUAUUUAAAACAUGUUUCCAAAGUGGCCAACAUAGUUAAAGAGUUAGGCUUAGCUAACCAAAGGAAAGUAAUGCCGAUCAUUUGGGACGAUGAGUUGAGAAAAAUUCAAAGCGAACUCAUUAUGUCCUACAAACUGCCAUCCUUAGUUGAGAUUAUGGUUUGGUAUUAUGGAGUUAAUGUGUUAGAAAGAGUGAAUAUGUCUGUUUGGGAUACAUAUUCAACACUCUUUAAAACAGUCUGGGUUGCAUCAGCUUUUAAAGGUGCCACUGGCAGUCGACAAUUUUACACUGAACCUUGGUUUCAUUUGCAAAACCAUUUCAGCUGGCUAGAAGUUAUUGCUCUAAACAGUCGCAGACUGCGAUUCCAAGGUAUAGCAUUGACUGGAUGGUCUCGAUAUGAUCAUUUUGCUACUUUGUGUGAACUUUUACCAGUGGCUUUACCAAGUUUAGCUGUGUGUCUUGCUACAAUGUCUAAUGCUGGACUUUCAGAGGCUAAUCAUAGAUCAGCCAGUAAUGUGUUACAUUGUAAUGGAUUAAUUGAGAUUGAUUUGCCUGUCAUUGAUUCCAAGUCACAUUUAGCUCAAGUGUCUCAAGACUGCAGAUUUCCUGGAAGUGUUUUAUAUCAUGCUAUGCAAGAAUUUUAUGGCUACACACAAAUCAAAACAAAGUCAAAAAUUGAAGGUUGGUUAUCAGAUUACCAAAUCGCCCACAAAUUUUCUAACCCAGGACAACUCAAAUCACUAGCCAAGCUUCUAACUAUACAAUUCUCUGGAAUAAAUAAACUGGCUCCUGUUUUUAAAAACACUAUGCAAGAAAUUUAUUUACAAGAUACAAUUGAUGAAUGGAUAGCAGAAAAUAUUGAUGAACGAAAAAAGGAUAUUGAUGAUAUUUUAUCAAAAGUUAAAAUAUUGAUAGAGCCCAAUGUCUGGCCACGUCGUCCUUUGCCAUCACUUAAGUUGAACAUACCCAGGUCUGCUCGUGAACCUCAGAAUGAAAGAUUGCCUAUUAGCAAUGAAAAAAAAGAUCCUAAAGAUGAAGAGCUGCCUGAAGACCAAGUCAAUAAUAUAACAGUUGAGACUAAACCCCUGAAUAUACAAAACAGAGAUCUCAAUGUUAAGAAAGAGCAGCAGAAGUCUGAUGUUGAGGAGAUAACUGUUGCUUCCCUUCAGCAGUCAGAGAAAGCCUUUGAGAGUGAACCUAAGUUAUCCUCAGUUUCUUUUGAAAAGAAUAAAAGAACAGACACUGGUGUAAACAUUGAUAAUAUUCCAUCCUUUUUAAAGGGAGAUGAACAAGAACUGACUAGGAAUAUGAGCAAAGCAGUACAACCAAAUAAGGAUGAGCUCAAAUUAGGUUCUAUCAUAUUUGAAGAUCAAGGCUAUCAAGGCAACGCAAGAUUAUCUGGUUUUCAAAGACAAAAGAUCAGCAGCAAUGAAGUAGAAAAUAAUGUUAAUAAAAAUUUGUCUUUGCAAAUGAAAGUGAAUGGAGUUAAUACUUCAUUACCAUUUAGAAGAAGGAAUUACAAGUUCCCAGAAAGAAAUAUCAAUGCUAAAAGUAAAAAUAGUAACGACCAGCAAUAAAAUUUUUUUUUUUGUUUCUGAUCUAAAAUACGCCACUUUGUGAUGAGAUUUGUGUACAUAAGGUAUUUUCUGUGUUAUAGUUGUAUUCAUUUAAAUUAUAAUCUUUUUGUUUUCAUCUAUCUAUAUCAUUACUUUUCCAAUUUCAAAGCUUUGCACUAAUGUUUGGACAGGAUUAUUUUUAAUGUUUAAGGCGGGGACAUUGUCAUUGUGUACUUUUACCUUAUUUUGUUAGCAAAAUUGUUGAAACCUGAUAAACUAAAUACAUUCCAUUAUUUUUUAACAGUGAUGUAUAUACACUAAGACAUUCUCAUUUCUCAUUAACAUGCAGUGUAUGUGUGUGAAUGAGUCUAAUGAAUGCUCUUUAAAGAGUUAUGUAGUUACAAGUACAAGAAUAUUUGUAAAGGGAUGGCUUCCUGGCCUUCUGUCAUGCUUUAAACUUUUCUUUGUAGGUCAUAAAGUGCAGUAGUUUUAAGGAAUUUAUUUCUAAAACUUUAGUUUUCCUGAGUGUAAAAAGCAAAAUGCAGUUAUCAUAUCUCACUAGACUGGUGUCAGUAGUCUAAUAAAUUAUUUUUAAAAAAAAGUAUAUUUUGGCAUUUUUUUAAAGUUUCAGAUGUUCCUUCACAAACUUUUUGCAGAGGGUUAGCGAGAAAAACAGGCAGGGUUUUAAUUUCAGACCAUUAAGAGUUUAUGUAAAAAAAAAUUAUGAUAGUAGAUUAUUUUAUGUUGCAUAAUAAAUUGUUAGGAUAGACAUUAUUUUGUAAUGGUUAAUUUUUUGAGGAUAUUUCUUGGUUAAGUAACCAGUCAACUGCAAUGAAUAUUUUGGAUUAUGAAUGCUAAAUAUAUUUUCAAUGCCAGCAAAAAUUUUGAAAAACUGAGCGCCCUUUUGUUUGAAAAUCAUGAGAAUAAGUCAUAUGAAAAUGGACAUCAUUUAGACCUCAUUGCUAUUAUCAAACCUUAAGAAAAAGACAAUUCCUCUUUGCUAUUUGUCCAUGCAGUUUUGUUGACAUUUUAUAGCUCUUGCCUAGUGUUCCUCAUCACAUUUCUUCUUCUUCGUUCUCAUUGUUAUGUUGGAGCAUUCAGUGACUAGACCAAUAUAUGAGAUGAACUGCGCAGUGGUUUCCAAAUCAGGGAGCUUUUCUUUCUAUUGGGGUGUUUUGGGGCCAGUGUCUUAUAUGGGACUCUUGGUAAAGAGAGCAGUUUUGGAGGACGUGGUCGGCAUUCUCUGGUGAUACUCCACAUGGGCAGAUUUCACUGGUUCCAAUUUUGAGCUUCCGGUACAUGUGAUGUCGCAUUCUGUUAUGUCCGGUCCUGAGUCGAAAGAUUAGACGCUGGUCUUGUGGGGAUAGCUUAUAGUAAGCGUCAUCUUUCCACACCAAAUAAAUCCAACAUAUUUCUUUCAAGUUUAGUUCUUCUUUUGACUUUUGUAAUAUCUAAAUAUAUAUACUGGCUUAAUUGAUACAUCUGUUUGUCUAGAUGUCAUUGAUCAUGUCAUAUUGUUUCAACUUUUUCAUAUAUACUUUUCAAUUACAUUAUCAAAUAUUUUUUUCUAAAAAAAAAUAUUUUUCCAUGCCAUACAUAAAAUAAUUGUAAAUAUUGUAUAUAACUUGCUAUUCAUUAAUUUUUUAUUUUUUUUUGUGGAUGAAUUAUUUUAAAAGAUUUUUUCAAAGGGGAAACGACAGAAUCAACUCAUUUUGUCAUAUAUUCAUUUUGUGCUAAAUUUAGUGGUAGUGAUACGCAAACAAGUUUAUGUGUUUCCUUUCAACCACAUUUUUUUCAAAGUAGAAUCUGUAGACAAUAUGUUACACUCGAUGUCACAUUAAUAUGAAAAUCAUUUCCUUACUAAACCAAAGUCUUGACUAAGUGCACUGGUGUGGUGGGAACUACUGGUACAGCAAUCUUUAUCUGUUUGCAUCAAAUAAUAUAAAAAUACUUUAAAAUGUUGCUAUGAAACAAAAAGAAUUAGAAGUAGUACACUACAAUUUAUUAUAAGGAGUUUCAUUUUGUUGGAUUUAAGUCAUAUUGCCAGGUGCAUUUCAAAAACAUAAACCAAUUUCGUUGAAGUAAUAAGACUACACUGUAUGUUUUCAGCACAGUAAUGUGUCUGUGGGGGAAGGGAGUAUUCAUGAAUGACUAAUUAUUGGAAUAGCUAGAAAGAAAGGAUACCUAAUUUCUGCAUUUCCUGACAUCUAUGGAUAAUUUACAUAAUCUUGGCAUUAUGUCAAAUAUGAUAUUUAUAAAGUAAAUUGCAAUUUUUAAAAUUCUUCUUGUCAGAUUUUGAACUUUGUUUUCAGAGAAUUACCAAUAAUAUUUAAUUAUUUUCUUUUUGCUACUUUAUAAUUGUGUUAUUGUUUUUUUGUUGCUUUGCUUAACUUUAAAUGAAAUUUAGAAAACAAGAUGACAUCUUAAUUCUGUGCAAUUAAAAAAAAGUAAACUUUGAAAAUGCCAUUCUCUAUGUUUGCUAUUUUACUUUGUUUAAUUUUCACUAUUUAAGCAAAUAGCAAAACAAGUAAUCAAAUAAUUAUUCACAAAACUUUUUGCACUCGUGUUAAACUAGGGUUCUUUACAAAAGCCCUAACCCAUGCAUUUUUAUUUUAAUAAUAAUGUGAUUUCCUAUCUUUUGUAAUCAGUUUCAGACCUUGACAUAAUAACUAUUUCUACUUGAUUGUCAUAUGUACAGCAUUUAAAAAAAGAGAACAUUGAUUCUAUCUCGUGUCAAAAAAAACAAAAACUGAUUACAGAUGUUUACUUGGAUACUUGUUGUGUUUUUUAUUCAGUAUUAUCAUUUUUCAAGCUAGCACACUCAAUACAUUUAUGACUGUAAAAAUUUAAAAUGUAAUAUAUUUUCUGUUUUGUCAAAAUCAAAAUUUUAUUAAGCUCAGUUGGUUUCAAUUUCAGAUUUGGCACAUUUUAAACAUUUGACUGGUGGCUAUUAACUUUGAGCUUCCACAUGUUUUGUUAUCGGCUGGCAAGCUUUACACCCAUUUUAAUCACUCAUUCCAUUUAUGUUCACUGAAUAUCUUCACCUGAUGAUAUAUACAAAUAUUGUUUAAUGUUUUAAAUGAAGAUUUUAAAAUCCAUUUGGGUUUCAUUUUGACAAGGUAUAAGCAUAUAUGUUCAAUGAAAUUAGCACGCUGAUUCAGAAAUUAACUUCGUAGAUACUUAACAAAGUUACACUUACAUAAAUAAAUUUGAUGUUUAUUAAACCUUUUCUAGUUGCUCUAUUUGCAAAAUGAAUUUUUUAAAUUUGAUGAGAAGGCAUAAAAGUUUGCAGUAUAAGUAAGGUUUACCAUGACAUUUUAAUUAACUUUUUUGGACAUGGUACCAGUAUUUAGAUUGAAGAAGCGUAAGUAAAAGUUAAAACUCUUAAGAUUUCUGAUUAAAGGACUCAAUUUAUCUAA